CGUGGGGCGAGUGGCGAGCUCAGAGCUGCUUCGGCUGCGGCCCUGGGAAGGGGACCGAGCUGCGAUUUCAGCAGGCAUGAAUCGAGUGGGAAAUCCCGGUGAUGCUAGAACGGUGAUGGAGUGGCAGAAGGUGACUCCGAAGUGAGGUGGUUAAAGGUCACAAAAGACAAAGGAGACGUUCCACUUCUCCUCUCAAGUUCUGGGUCUUGGGGAGAAUCAUGAUAACUUUGAUAACUGAGCAACUACAGAAGCAGAGUUUGGAAGAAUUGAAAUGCACGUGCUUCAGGAUCAGUCUGCCUUUGCCUGAUCAUCCUGAUGUCUCUACCUGUGGGGACCCUUUCCAGCUUGUUUCCGAAGGUGCUUCCUGGAGGGGCCUGCCCCCGUGUCCCUGUGCCGGGCUCAAGGACAGCCUUAGUCUCAGCUAUCACCACUCUAGUCUGAGUUUGCACUUCAAACCUCCAAGCCGGGGAGGCUCCCCACAGGAGAAACCCCUCUGCCAGGGCCUUUCCCCAGAGUCUACAGGCUCAGAGAAAGUUCCUGUCCCUCCUGCCCCUCCAUCCAAGAGGCAUUGUCGCUCUCUCUCAGUACCUGUGGACCUGUCUCGAUGGCAGCCUGUGUGGCGGCCUGUUCCUUCCAAGUUGUGGACUCCUAUCAAGCGUCAAGGCAGUAAUGGAGGAGUGGGUGGGCCACUGGUACCGCAUCAGAGCCCCCCCAAACGGGUCUCCAGCCUCAGGUUCCUCCAAGCCCCGAGUGCCUCUCUUCAGUGUGUCAAGGCCAACAGAUCCUGCAGUCCACCUUUCUUCAGUUUGGCCCUGACCCAUCAUGAUUCCCCAAGACCCUGUGCUGCAUCCCCUCCCAGUGGAUCAUGGGAGAGUGAUCAUGAGCCCCUAUCCCCUUUCCCUCCGCAGCGCCGCUUCUCCUUGUCCCCCAUCCUCAUCCCACAGGCAGGCCGGUUCCUGCCCUCUGCCCGGAGUUCCCCCUCCUCCUCCCCAGAGCUGACCUGGCGACCCCAUGGUCUUCCCCGAAGCCGAUCGCAGCCUUGUGACCUGGAUGCACGAAAGGGUGGGGUCAAACGGCGCCAUGAUGAUGACCCCAGGCGUCUUCGACCCUCACUGGACUUCGAUAAGAUGAAUCAGAAACCGUAUUCAGGAGGUCUCUGUCUCAUAGAUACAGCCCAGGAAGGCAACAGCAUCUCCCCACCGUGGUUCAUGGCCUGUAGCCCUGCGCCCCUCUCUGCCUCCUGCAGCCCCCUUGGCGGCUACUCCCAGGUUCUGAGUGAAAGUGAAGAGGAAGAAGAGGGGACCAGGAGGUGGGGCCGAUCCAUUUUUACCAAGCGGACACUCUGCCAGCAGGACUUUGGGGACCUGGACUUGAAUCUGAUUGAGGAAAACUAGAGCUGAGAAGCUGCUUCUUGGGGGGAAAGCAAACUUCAUGUCUACUAACAAGUGAUGAGGCCUCCAGGCCAGAGACUAAACCUGGGAACUGGGGUGAGUUGAGGGCUCCAGUUCUGGGCAGCUGGGAAACAGCACGCACCACGAAGCUCCACAGUACAGACCCAACAGCUCAAUGAGAGGAGCUGAGUUUGGUGGUGGGAGAGCAAGGGGUCAGAUGGUACAGAGCUCAACUUCUGUUGAAAGUCUUUAGCUAAAAUCUGAGAAGAGCUACCGUGUGUGAUAUCAAGAGGGCAGUGAGAUGAAGUCUAGAGGAAGGCUUUGUGGUCCCAUGUUUCUGUGUGGGGAUGUUCACAAACUUCUUUGACUUGAGGGAUCUGUCAGGUCUUAGAAUUUGGCCAAGAUGUCAGAUGAUCUGUGUGUAAGGUUGGGAGUGUGAAGGUGUUUGUGUGAGCAGUCCCAGGGAAAAUGUGGCUGGCCCACCUUGGAGUAUCAAGUGGUAUCAGGUGGUAUAUAAGAUCCCAAAUUUUAAUGAAAAAUUAGGGGAAAAUCUCUAAAUGGGAGAAAUGAGGACCCUGAUCAGGGCACCCUCCUUCCAAUUCCAUUCUUUCCUAACUGGUCAUGUGCUGGUAUAUGGUCAACUUUUCCUCUGGUUCACCAUGUUUCUAUUUUGGGUGGAAGCUUGUUCUUUUGAGGGGGGGCUGCCAUAAAGUUGGGGACUCACAGAGAUGUCCCAUAUAGGACAUCUGGAUUGUCCUAAAAUGUGCUAUUAGCCUCCCAACUCUGGGAUAGUACCAGCUGUUGGGGGGAAGUAUAUACAACCCAGUUUGGUCAAAGCCAAUCUUUUGAUCCCCAUCAGAAUGGUCUUAGUAUUCUGCUCCCCAGCCCUUCAUUGUACAUCACAACUGGUAAAUGUGGGGGAGGGAUGUUGAAGAGGGACAGUGGCUAUGAUAACCCUGCAUGUUCAUUUCUCCCUUUAUCUCUGCUUAAAGAAAGGUGUCUGUCAUAGAUGCCUUUUCUCUCUGACCUUCCCCCACCCUCCAACCUACCCCUUUCAUUAGUCUGGGAGAGGGAAGCUUGGGAAGGCACCCCUUCCUGUUCCAGAUCAGAUUCAUCGGCCUACAUCUCCACCACGAAGUGAUGAGCGCAGCAGCAGGAGGAGUGACAGCAGGUCCCAGCUGGCUUGGGUGAGCUCACCACAUCACAAACAUUUAAAAGCAGAUGGGGAAGGAGGGAAGAGGGAGGGGGUCAUUGUUAGACCCAAGCCUAGCCUGACCCCGAGAGGGAGUCGGUAUUGACUAUGUGGGAUUACACUAAAAUCCAGCUAGGAAAUGGUAUUGUUUCUAAUUAGCCCUGAGAGAUAGCAGGGAGGUUGGGACUCACUGAGGGAAUUAAUUGGCUAUAGAUUUUGAAGCAAAACCUGUGAGAAACAGCUGGGAUUUUUGUUUGUUUCUUUGUUUUGUGUUAUUUUCUAUCCAGUGACCUGAGCCAGAGUGUCAGGCCCUGUUGGUAGUGGUGAGGCUUUUAAGGGCUAUGCUGGUGACAGUGGGUAUCACCUUUCUCUACUGCUGUACCCGCUACCACAGUUGCUAAGUAGGAAGUUUGUCCAGUAUUUGGCUGGAUCUGAUACAGGACCCUGCCUUUCCUGUUAUAGGCAUGGGGGGAUGUCUCUUUCCUCUUUCAGUUACUAGGCUGUCCUAGGGGUCUUUCUAGGUCCUCAUCUCUGGAGGCUUCAUAUGGGUUUGAACCUGCCAUUUCUUCUGCUUCUCACAUUCCCAUAAUAGAAACACCAGUGAAAGAUGCUGACUCUUGGGAUCUGAGGGAUCCUAUAGUAGGUGCUAAAAGGGCCUUGCUGAGCUGGGCAUGACUCCUAAGGUUCUUUCCCGUCUAUCUCUUCACCAUCCAUACCUGAUUUCAUCUCCACCUGACCGUUUCUCCUUUCUUAAGUCUGUCCUGACUGUAGAUGGGGGUGUAAGCCUGAUAAAGACUGGGAAAUACAAUACUGGAAAUUGUCAGUCCUUUGUUUCUCUCCCUCCUGCUUUUCUCCUUCAGGUCAAAAUUUCUUCUAGCCUAGGCUUCUACUAUUUUCAGCGUCAUAUCCCUAUCUCACUACCUAGGGAGUGCUUUUCUUCUAUUGAUGACGUCUGCUUAAUCAUCUGAGGUCUCCUCUGAUAGGAGAUAACAGCUAGUGAAGUAGGAGGGUGGAUUUGCACCCUUGACUUGGCUCUCUUCUUGCCUUAGGGGGUGUAUUCAAUUGGGGGAGAAGCCCAUAGGUACAAUACCAUUUAAAAUUGAAAAGCUUGAAAGUGUCUUUAUGAAAUCCACUGGCACUGCUGCCUUGCCCCAGGACAAGUCUUUGAAAGAGCAGGUGGAUUUUGCUUUACUAAAUGUAUUCCUGAAAAAUUUUGUGUAACCGGGAUCCAAAUAUUUUAAAUACACUAAAGGAAGCUCAUCAUUUUAAAGCAUCCUGAAGCCAGUUUUUUGUCAAAGAAAAAUCUCCUCUCUAAUUGAUCUUAUUUUGUAAAUGUAGAUUUUUCACAUAUUGGGUUUGGCUGACAUAGAGGGGUACCCUUGUACCUGUCUUAUAGUGGGCAUGUUGGGCAAAAGUCUCCAUCUGUGAUGUGUUGGGUUGUUUGGCUGACCCAUGGGUGAGUAUUUCUCUGUGAUCGAAACUGCUGUAAGACCGGUGCUUUCAUCCUCCUCAAUCCUCCUGUCCCCUGGUGACUGCCCAGCAGCAGCCCCUGCUGCCGUGUACACUUCCACCUGCUGCCAAAGCCCCUGUGCUAAUGGGAUUCAAACCCACACGACAAAAGAAAAUUUUGGUAACUUUGUUUUAUAUUAAAAGAAAAAAAGUCUGUGUGUAUUAAACAUGAGGUCCUGCCUCUGUGGCUGUGUUUGAAAAAAUAAAGUUUUAUUAGAAUAAGUUUU